AUGGCAUUUAUCCGCGGAGGAAGAUAUUUGAAGAGGUCUCACAUUGUUCCUCUUCGUCCUCCAACGGCCUCUCUAUUCGAAGCCAUCACCAUCGUCACCAUCACCAUCGUCCCCGUCACCAUCGUCCCCGUCACCAUCGUCCCCGUCACCAUCGUCCCCAUCACCACCAUCCCCAUCACCACCAUCCCCACCAUCCCCGUCACCACCAUCCCCGUCACCAUCAACGUCAAUCGGCCAGGCUACCCCACAAACAUCCAUGAACAGUGUCACCUACCUCAAUACAAACGAUCUUAUCCACAGACCCUAAGCGAGCGCCUCUUGAGCAGAGUUUUCUUCUUACAAUCCACUAUCCAUACAGUCAAACUUUCUCUCUAUUCGACACACCACACGACAAUCCGCUACCCACGCAGUCGGUACCUCUCCAUUCGACGUACCUCACCCUGCAAAAGGGUUUCCACAACUAGCUUUGCGCGGAGCCAAUCUCUCAGAGCUCGUCCCCACCCCAUCGCCAAAUCCAAUUUCGAUCCGUGGUCCAGCACUCAAGUACGCUCUCGAAACCUCGGGACACCUCAUUUCUUGGAGAUCCUUAACACCAACACAGUCAAUCUUCCAGCUAUCAAAGCGCCAGCUCCUGCUUCCACAAUUACCAACAAGCCCACUACACCCAAUGCUCUUAUUAUCCGUAAACCUAUGGUACGCUACAGCAACCUGUUCAACAACUAG